AUGGGAGUGCAGAGACGCAGGCCGCCCGCCCAGGGGCGGCGCGGCUGUCGGGCGGGCGACACGGCAGCGCACGGCCGCCAGGGGUCGCCAAAGGCCUCGGCUCGUGCGCUCGGGCUCCUCCGCCCGCGGUCGCCGCGCCCGAGCGAGCUGGAGAGCGAGCGGAGCCAGAGCGCUGCGGGCUCACAAAGCGGCCGGACGCGCGGCGGCGGGUGGCAGGAGCUUUGGAGAGCGACGCGGCGGAUCAGCCUCCUCUGCGACCGCGCCACGCGAGCUCGAGCAACUCGGACGUGCGGACCCGGGCCGGCCCCCACGAUGCCGGCGAUCGCGGUGCUGGCGGCGGCGGCCGCGGCGUGGUGCUUCCUCCAGGUGGAGAGUCGGCACCCGGACGCGCUCGCCGGCGGCGCGGGCCCCCACAACGACAAUUUUCUAGACAAUGACCGGUGGCUGAGCACCGUCUCCCAGUACGACCGGGACAAGUACUGGAACCGCUUUCGAGACGAAGUUGAGGAUGAUUAUUUCAGAAACUGGAAUCCCAACAAGCCCUUUGACCAAGCCCUGGACCCAUCCAAAGACCCCUGCCUGAAGGUGAAAUGCAGCCCUCACAAAGUAUGUGUGACCCAGGACUACCAGACUGCUGUGUGUGUCAGCCGCAAGUACCUGCUCCCCAGGCAAAAGAAGGGGAACGUGGCCCACAAACACUGGGUCGGACCCUCGAAUCUGGUGAAGUGCAAGCCCUGCCCUGCGGCGCAGUCAGCCAUGGUCUGUGGCUCCGAUGGCCACACCUAUACUUCCAAGUGCAAGUUGGAGUUCCAUGCUUGUUCCACUGGAAAAAGCCUCACCAUCCUCUGUGACGGGCCCUGUCCAUGUCUUCCGGAGCCUGAGCCACCAAAACACAAGACAGAAAAGAAUGCCUGCACAGAUAAGGAGUUGAGGAACCUUGCGUCCCGGCUGAAAGACUGGUUUGGAGCCCUUCACGAGGAUGCCAACAGGGUCAUCAAGCCCACCAGCUCUGACGCAGCUCCAGGCAGAUUUGACACCAGCAUCCUGCCCAUCUGCAAGGACUCCCUGGGCUGGAUGUUCAACAAGUUGGACAUGAACUAUGACCUCCUGCUUGACCACUCAGAGAUCAAUGCCAUCUACCUGGAUAAGUAUGAGCCCUGUAUCAAGCCUCUCUUCAACUCCUGUGACUCCUUCAAGGAUGGCAAGCUCUCCAACAACGAAUGGUGCUACUGCUUCCAGAAGCCUGGAGGUCUCCCUUGCCAGAAUGAAAUGAACAGGAUUCAGAAGCUGAGCAAGGGGAAAAGCCUGUUGGGAGCAUUCAUCCCUCGGUGCAAUGAGGAGGGCUAUUACAAAGCCACGCAGUGCCACGGCAGCACCGGGCAGUGCUGGUGUGUGGAUAAGUACGGCAACGAGCUGGCCGGCUCCAGGAAACAGGGCACCGUGAGCUGUGAAGAGGAGCAGGAGACUUCAGGGGAUUUUGGCAGUGGUGGCGCUGUGGUCCUGCUGGAUGACCUAGACGACGAGCGGGAGCUGGGGCCAAAGGACACGCUGGGGCGGCUGAGGGUGCGCACCCGGGCAGUGACAGAAGAUGAUGAGGAUGGGGACGACGACAAGGAGGACGAGGCGGGCUACACCUGGUAGUUAGUCCCCACGAGGAAGAGGACACGCGGUCUGCACGGAAUUGCAAGUCACUUCCUACUCCUGCAUUUGUAUCUAAGACUCCACGGCACCAAGGCCUGUUCUCCACUGUUGCUCUCUGUACGUGACCCGAGGUUUGGAAGACCGCUCCUUGUCCCCAGAGCAUUCUGGUCUUGCAUACAGUUGUGUGGGAAGAAGGGUGUGGUGUUUUGUUCUUUGAGACAGGGGAGCGGCCGACUCAAUUAAAGCCUCCUUCCCUCCCGUGA